GUGCAGCUUCUUUUGCUUUCAAUUUGUGUUUCUGAGUAAACCCAUUAUAAGAGGCACAGUGGCACAGACCCACGCAGAUUCACGCAGACCCGUGUCAGCAUGGUGAUAUACCAGGUGAUGGUGAUUCGACCCGACCGAAGGAGCACACUCAUGGAUGUGUGUGACAAUGAAGAACAGAUGAAGAAGGUCACUGUGUUGGAGCUGAGGAAGAAGAUAUGUGAUAGACUGGGAAAAAAUCCAGAUGACCUGACACUCAUAUUUACAGGCCAGGUGCUGGAAGAUGGACGCACAUUGUCUAGUUAUGGAAUCCAACACAUGUCCACCAUUCAUGUACUUAUAAGGCAACCGGGUGGUGGUGGACCAUGUGAACCGCAUGGUCUGGGCGACAGGACGGGCAGAAACAUGAGCAAGGAGAGACUGGAUGAGUUUAACCAUGAGCCGGGUUCGGAGUCCUCCCGCUGAUUCUAUUCUGGAAGCAGCGUGGAAACACAAAACAUCCACAGGAAACGUAAAAGGAGAAGAGCUGGAGGUUUGGAGAUGGUGGUUGAACUUCAUAUGACUUUAAAACCCUUCAGCUGGUUUUUGAGGAAACUCAUAAAAUGUGUUGUUUUGUCUUUUACAUCCUACACAGACAGUAUAUAUAUCAUAUGUGAUUUUAACACUCAUCCUGGGUCACAUUACUGUCCUUAUAAACUGUACUAUUGGUUUUUAUACUUGCACCUUUGUUCCAUUUACUGUUUGG